AUGAAGAAGGAAACAGUAGUUAUAAACACAAUAGUCACAGAUGCAGCAGAAACAGCAGUUAUAAAUGCAGUAGUAGCAGUUGCAGAUGCAACAGUCACAGAUACAGAAUCAAGAUUGAAAGAGAUCAGUCAUGCAUAUUCUAAUGGACAUUCUUCUGAAGCCUUUGAAAGCUCCAUUGAUGAAACACUCUCUCGAUUCGAAGCUGGUUUGAAUACAGCUUCUGACACGGUCAGGCCGGCCCCUCAAUCUACUCAACAGCUUGAUGCUGGUUCUUAUGAUGUCUACUGUUCGGGCGAGGCAAUAUCAGAUCAACAGAUGGAGCAUCUCAAGAUAAUACUUGAGAUGAACAAGAAGAAGCAAAGAGUUCUAGAACUCGAACUACAACUGGAAAAACUUCAUCAACAGAGAUUCUCUACAGAUUGA